UCCGCACUCGGUGGCGCGGCCGGCGCGGCGCUUGAAAGCCCCGACCGGCGCGGAGAUGCCGUCGACGCCGCCGCUCUCGGCCCGGCCCAGCGUGCAGUCCCCGAGCAGCCAGUCCCGGCGCAGCGGGGGCCCCGGGCCCCAGGCCGAGGACCGGAUGACGGUAAUGCGCUCCUGGGGGCGGCCGCCGUCGGCCAUCCUGUCGCGGCGCCAGGACGAGCGGGUCUCGCAGGACCUGGAGCGGAUGGCCAACUCUUCGCACCCCAGCAGCGCCGGCCUCAGCUGGGAGCAGGAGGAGGAGCGCCUGGAGGGCGAGGAGGUGGAGGAGGAGGAGGAGUCCUCCGAGCCCGAGCCGGAGCCCAUGGAGGAGGAGGUGUUUGAUGGUGUGCUGGAUGAAGACGCGAUUGCCGAUGCCCUGCACACGCUGGGGCAUUCUGCCUCUGGCACAGAGCGGGUUUACCUGCACCUGUCACUUUCGGAUCGCUGUUUAAGUGAAAUCAGUAUUCUUUGCAAAUACAUUCAUCUUGAGAAGCUAGAUCUUUCCUACAAUAAAAUCAGUGAUCUCUCUUGCAUCAGUCAGAUGCCCUACUUGUUGGAACUGGAUGUUUCCCAUAAUGUACUGACCACAUAUUUUGACUUCAGACCACCCAAGAAUCUCCAAGUUGCAAAUUUUUCCUACAAUGAUAUUCCCGAAAUGCAAGACCUUUCCGCCUACCAGUCCCUCAGAAAGCUCAUACUGGACAAUAACAACAUCACAGAGAUUCGGGGCCUGAAGAAUUGCCAUAACUUGAUCUAUCUGAGCUUGGCAAACAACAAAAUCCAGGCAAUUACGGGCUUGGAAAAUUUGCCCAUCAAAACCCUCUGCCUGAAAUCAAACCAGAUAAAGAAGGCAACUGGCUUGGAAAGUCUGAAGGUGUUGCAAAUUUUGGAUUUGUCGGGCAACCAGAUCAGCAGUUUGGAGGGCCUGGAAGAGCACAGCCUCCUGGAGGACAUCAACCUUGAAAAUAACCAGAUGUCUGAACUCAGUGAGCUGGAAUAUAUUGAAUCUCUGCCUCUGCUAAGAGUACUCAGUCUGUUGAACAAUCCAGUGCAGCAACAUGCAGAUUAUUGGCUCCUGGUGAUUUUCAUGCUGCUCCGUCUGACCGAGCUGGAUCACAAGAAGAUCUCAGUGCAAGAAAAGGUUGCAGCUGUGAACAAGUACAACCCUCCCCAGGAAGUGGUGGCUGCUCAGGAUCACAUGACUCACAUCAUGUACAGCAUGAUGCAACCCCAACACAUCUUCAACAGUACCCUGCCCAGUCUUGAUGCUCCCUACCCCAUGUUGGUGUUGACUGGGCCCUUGGCCUGCUGGAAGCGAGAACUUUGUCACAGGCUUUGUCGGAAGUUCAACAACUAUUUCAGAUACAGCCCCUGUCAUACCACAAGGAGUCCUUAUUUUGGAGAAGAAAACAGAUUAGAUUACUAUUUUGUAUCUCAAGAGGAAUUUGACAAGAUGGUGAUCACGGGAAAAUUUAUAGCCACUUUCAAAUAUAGCGGCUUCUCCUACGGAUUAAGCCGAGACACCAUUGAAUCCAUUGCUCGGGAGGGGCUGGCAACCUGUGUUCAUUUAGAAAUAGAGGGUGUUAGAAGCUUGAAGAAUUCCUACUUCGAACCACGAUACAUCCUACUGGUUCCAGUGAACAAAGAAAAAUAUGGGGGUCAACUGCGAAGGAUGGGGUUAUUCAGUAGACCAGAGAUCGAGGAAGCUAUCCAUAGGGUGGACAUGUAUAUCAAAGUGAACCAGGAUUUCCCAGGCUUCUUCGAUGCAGUCAUCGGUGUAGAUGAUUAUGAUGAAGCGUUUGCAAAACUGAGCUGCCUUCUCGAGGAGUUCCUGGGGCUGGUACAGCCUUCAGAAGCCAAAGAUGUUCCCGCAUUGGUUGGCAACCGCCUUUCAGGUAUUGCGCAAGGCGCUCAAACUUUAAGCAUCAGAGGGACUGAUGGUGUUGCACCAUCACCUACUCCCAACGAAUUUUUGGACUCCUCAGCCAAAAACUACUCUGCCAGAAUAUCAGCCAAACUUUCAGCACACAAGACACCAGUGGAAGAGGCGUCCAUGCACCGAAGACAGCGUUUGGCCAAGCAGGGACUGAUGGGGAAGGCCAUCUCCUCCUACUCCCAGCUGUUUGAAAGGGAUGCCCUCAGUGUUUCAGGACCAGCCAGCAUGCGUAGUCGGUUUUUAGAGCCCCCAUCUUUCACCUUCACGUGGACCUCUAGGCAGCCCACCAGCCCCGAUGCUAGCGUCCCACCCACCAGUCCUGACCACACGUACCGAGAGCCGGGCCAGUCACCCAGAAAGUCCUUCACCGAUUCGGCAGAAACCAUUUCUCCCAGUGCCUCAGCCACCCACACCCCCAGGGCCAUCCCCAUGCCAGCGGUGGAAGUCAGCGAUCAGAAAGGAGGCCAACCAGACACCGACCGUCCUGCAGAUACCAAGGAGAAGAAGACACCGAAACACAAGGCCCCUUCCCCGCACAUCAACCAAGUCACCGUCCAUCCAGGGUCCAAUACCAAGCCGGUCCUUCCUCCCAUUCCUUCCGGUCGGAAGAAGACCAAGGCUGCCACAUUGGACAGCUUCACAUCGGUCGUGUGGCUCAAACCCUAG